CUGCGAGGUCGAGAAUGAGUCCCUCUGUCCUGCUGUCUGUCUGUCUUGCCGGCCGGAGACUCAAGGCAGCGGUCAGGGAAUAGGGUUCCUGGGGCGGGCAUGGAGCCUCUGCCCGGCUGGGGGCCAACCCCCUGCAGCCCGACCCCCGCGGCUGACGCCCUGAGGCUGGCCCUGAGCCUCCUCCUUCUGACAGCCCCGCCCUGCGCACUGGGGAUGCCCUCGUGCAAAGAGGAGGAGUUUCCAACGGGGGCCAUGUGCUGCCCCAAGUGCAGGCCAGGCUACCGGGUGAAGGAGGCCUGCGGGGAGUUCACGGGCACAAUGUGUGCGCCCUGCACCAGGGGCACCUUCACUGCCCACCUCAACGGCCUGCCCGAGUGUCUGCCGUGCCGCGUCUGUGACCCAGGCCUGGGCCAGGUGACCAGACAGAACUGCUCCACCCGGACCAACACCGUGUGCGGCUGCAGGCGCGGCCACUUCUGUGAACGACAGGACGGGGACGCCUGCGUCCAGUGCAGGCCCCACAGUGUCUGCCGCCCGGGCCAGAGGCUGCGGGAGACAGGCACCGAGUCGCAGGACACGCUGUGUGAAGACUGCCAGCCGGGCACCUUCUCUGCGGGGGGCACCCAGGCAGACUGCACGCCCUGGACCAAGUGCAGUGGCCCAUUUUCCUGGGAAGCGACGCCUGGGACCAACAGCACAGACGUGACAUGCUCCCCCGGGGGCCCCGUCACCAUCAUCCUCAUCAUCAUCAGCGUCAUCCUCGUCAUUUCUGUGCCACUUGUGCUCAGGGCCAUCAGGAACAGAAGGUCACGUGGAAAACUCGCCUUUCCUCGGGUAUGGCUGCCUGUCCCCACCCUGGCGGGGACAGGGGAGCCGGCAGAAAGGAACAGGCGUCGGGACCUGCAGGCCUCCCGGGUCCAGCCAGACGUCACCACGGAGCCCGUGGAGGAGACAGCAUCCCUGUUCUCUCAGAGGGACCGCCACCUGACACAGGGCAGCGGGAUGCAGGCGCCUGAGCCAUCCCCGCGAGGCUGCGGGCAGCGGCCAGGCCCCCACGGACCAGCUACGGGGUCAGGGGAGCCGCGGGACCCCCUCCUGGAGGCCAGCCCGCACCUGGCUGAAGGAGAGACCACCUGCUGCGCCGGGGGCUUGGGACCCCCCGCGUCUCCCCACCUGGCGCCUGAGGUUCCAACCUCCCCCUCCUGACCCAGCAUGUGAGGCCCUGGCCCAGGGCGCUCCUGCCCCCACCCGCCGCCCGGGCCCUGAGCUCAGCUGCAGGACAGCCCUCAGCCUCCUCCUGGGCUGGGACUGGGACGGGGUCAUGUCUGCGCAUCACAUGACUCACAGUCUGGGAAGC